AUGUCAAUGACGGAAGAAAGUAAGACGACGAAGCUCGAAUCGGCGGGAGACUCUUCGGAUGUUGAGAACGGGAACUGUAGCAGUAGCGGAAGUGGAGGCGAUACUAAGAAGACGUGCGUUGAUUGCGGAACAAACAAGACUCCACUUUGGCGUGGUGGCCCUGCUGGACCUAAAUCAUUGUGUAAUGCCUGUGGGAUCAAGAGUAGGAAGAAGAGGCAAGCAGCUCUUGGAAUUAGACAGGAGGAUAGUAAGAUCAAGAACAACAAAAGUAACAACAAUCUAGCUGUCGACAAUCAGAUGGUCAAGAACGGGAAAGGUGAUUCAGGAAAUAUCAAGAACAACAAAAGCAACAAUAGUCUCGCCCUCGAUAAUCAGACGGUCAAGAACGGAAAAUAUGAUUCAGGAAAUGUCAAGAACAAGAUCACGACAGAGACUGGGGAUUGUAAUAACAAGAAGACUGUGAAAAAGGCUAGUGGAUUUUUGGAUUUAGGGUUUAAAGUACCGGCGAUGAAGAGAUCUGUGGUGGAUAAGAAGAGGCUAUGGAUGAAGCUCGGUGAAGAGGAACGAGCCGCAGUACUUCUCAUGGCUCUUUCUUGUGUUAAUUAACUCCAGCUGUUCCCAGUUAUCUCUCGUACACACUGUGUACUACACACUCGAUGCGACUCCACAUACACGCGUUAGGAUAGCGCGUGAUAUAAACGGGCCAGCGAUGAAACAGCCACGACUGUUAUUGGGCUUUUGUUGGUGAAUAAAAAGAGUCGGUGAUUGAGACAACACAAUCAGGGUAGACAUUUCUGUUAUUUUAUAGGUUCGGUUGUUAUUUUAUAGGUUCGGUUCGGUGUGGUUAAUUCGGUCCUAGAAUUUUUCCAAUUGAAAUAAGCAAUAAUUAGUUUGGUUUGGAC